AGGCUCGUUCCUGAUUGGCCUAGUCGACUGAAUGGAGUCGACGCGAUCGUUUCCCUAUGGCUCUGCUGCUGAGAGGCAACGCCGCGGCGUGGCCGAAACAAAAUGUAUCAUGGAUGAAGACAUAGCCGAAAGUUGGGAGGAAGCUGCUGACAGUGGGGAAAUGGAAAGGAGAUUGGAAGAGAAGCUAAGGAUCAGCCAGAGAGAAAAGGUGUUGAGUAAUAGCUCUUCACGGUCGCCGCUGAGGACGGCCAUCGUGAUCCAGGACGACUCCCUGCCGGCGGCACCCCCACCCCAGAUCCGCAUCCUAAAGCGGCCGUCCGCCAACGGCUCCCUGGGGUCCCCUGGGAGCCAGAACAGGCCCACGCCCCAGGUGAAGUCUCUGGCCCAGCGGGAGGCCGAGUACGCAGAGGCCAGGAAGAGAAUUCUGGGCAGUGCCAGUCCAGAAGAAUCGCCUCAAGAGAAGCCCAACACAGACAGGUCCGGGCGUGUCACCGGCACUUCACCCUCCGCCGAGCCCCGAUCAAACAACAACAACAACAACACAGUCCGCCAGCCCGCGGGGCCUGACGGGACUCAGGGCUUCCGGCAGCACAGAUAAUCAGCCAACCCGAGGGAGGAGGACCCCAACACCCGGACAGUGGCCCCGCUCCUCGGAGCUAAGGGAAUACACCUAAGAGUAACUUCUGCUGGGGGCCCGGGGCCGAAAGAGCCGAGCGCCACCACACCGCUUCUCGCCCCCCUUUUUUUGCUGCCGAUAUGGGCGGGGGGGGGGGGGGGGGGUUAGGAGUGACGCAAAGUACACGUUGACGUUCACGAUGAAAGGAAGAGACGCCCUUCUUCCUCCCCUGCUCCAGUCUGUCGGACACUGUGAUUUUCCGAGACCAUCUUCAGGACCCACUGUGAUGAUCCAUUCAGAGCCCCCAGCCCCAGUUCACCAAGCAGGUCUUACCGGUCUCCCCAACCCAGAGUCUCCACCCAGCCCUGUACCCCCCCCCCCCCCCACGUCGUCCUGGGACUAUGCUCUCAAGGGGUGCCCGUGGUGUCUCUGUUCCCAACGGAUUGCAGCCAUGCCAGCCUCUGUGUGAUGGAGGCUCAGGAGUGAAGCCUUUGGGGUGGGUGGUGGGCCGGGCUGGGUCGCCAGAAGCCUGCAAUAAGCCGGUUUCCUCUGGACCAGGUGGUCCACAGCAAUAACACCUGUACCUAGCCCAGCCCAUUGCUGUCUUGUUUUUUAUUCAUCCGAUAUCGUUUCAUCAUUUUAAUUUUGUUUUAAGUGAAAUAACAGGGGCAGUUGUUCGGUGAGAAAUAUAUUAUUUAUGUUUUGUAUGCAGCAGCUUUCUACCUGUGCUUUUUCACCUUUUUUUCCCACUUGAAAUGUCCUUAUUUCAAGCUAAAAUGCAAACCUAUCCCGCAAAAACCCUGACAGGCCAAAUGGCCCUCAAUCCAUUUGAAUGCAGAUUUUUAACGUCAUGACCAAAUCCCCAUUUUAAUUCAGACAACCUUACUCAACAUGAUUAUUUUUAAAGUGCAUUCACUUGUGUCCGGAUCGUCAAAUUGUAUUUGGUUUUUAGAGAGAGAUGACUGCUGUACCUCAUGAAGCAUACUUGCUGUAAGCUGUGUGCCUGCCUGUUCUUCACUGACUCAGGUCCCAGCAAGAGACGGAAUGAAUGGAUUGGACUCGGUUUGUAAUUUCUUUUUCCUUUCACCUCAACUGGGUCUGAGGGUGCUAGCAGUAUAUGUCCGUCGUAAAAGGGAGAUCUGGCAAAAUACUUAACGCUUAGCCAGAUGCACAAUCUGAUGUCACAGUUUAUGUUGACAUUCAAAUGUCCAGAGAUGCUAGUAUCCAGUGAAACCCAACCUCAUUCAGGUGUGCUUUUGGUUUCACUGUUUGGGGAGGGUUUCCCCAACUGUCCCGACAUGAUGCUUGGGUGGCAGGUGAAAUAUAAAAAGAUAUGUACAGAAUAGAAAGAUCUGUCCGAAUGCUGGUGUGUCCAAUGUGGUGUUCUUUGCUUGAUCACAGACGCACUCAGGUCAUUUCUCAGGCUAGCACAUCCCCUGUGCCAGACUACAGCAUAUGGAGGUGAGGAUUGAGCGGUCCUGCUGUAUCUCAGCCCUGCUUCAUGUGUGUGCGAGUUACAAAGAGUGUCAAAGUGAAUGUUAGGAAAGUUUUAACUAAUGCUAUGCUAUGGUGUUCUUCCUCUGAAACCCAGCUGAACGUUCAUGGCUUGAUGUGUUGGAUUCUCGGUUCGAAGAUAAACUGCCUGUAAAUACAGAUUUAAUAAAUCAUUUUCAAAAAAUC